AUUCUUUGAAGUUAUGAAAUGUCAUCCACUCCAUUAGGGAAGAAAAGAGUUUUAUGUUCAUCAAAAUAUGAACAUAAACUAAAGAAAACGAGACACACCUCCAAAUCCUCAUGCACAACUUGUUCUAAAAAUGGUAAACAAAACAUUCACAAAACAUGUGUAUCAAGUUGGACAUUGGAUAAAGCUGAAGCUAAUGGUUUGUUUUACGAAAAAGAAACAUCUGAAUUUUCAGAUUUCUAUGAAAUGUUUAGUUCAUGCAAAGGAAAAAAUAGGUAUGGAUUUAUCCACCCAUUGGAAGGUGAAGAGAAGACAUUGGUAGAUUCUUUAGUGGCGCAGACCAGUGAAAUGAUAGAUAAACACGGCGUGGAAAUGACAACAGGUUGGGACUGGACAGUUGCUGCAGACUGGCCUUUUGUGUGGAGGAAAUGCUGUGAUGCUGUAAAGAUUCUGAAUGAGACAUGCAGACCAAUGGUUUCUAAAGGAGAACACAUCAGGAGUUUUGCUGGAUUAAUCAAUUUCUACAGGACAUUGAAGGAGCAUGUGCAAGAAGAGAUGUGGCGAAGUAAUAGUUACACACCUUCAGAGAUUCCAGAAGAAGCCUACUCAGAAUUGUGUUCAAAAUUCCUUGAAAUAUUUUUGUUAUUAUCAAGGAGAGGAGGAAUUAGGAAAUCAGUCAUGAAGAUCAAAGACAUUACAGUAACCAGCACACCAGAUCUACAUCUGACACUUCCUACAUUCUCAACUCCUUCACUUUUUGUUAUAAAUGUGGCAAAGGUGAGGACAUGUCCCCUGUCUGAUUGCGCACUGUUUGAUAUUCACCAAGCCAUAGACAAUAACAUUCUUGGUCAGCAUGCUGGAGAACUGCUGCUGGACUUUCAGCACUCUUGUUUCAGAGAUUUACAGGCUGUUUUUGGAAUCAUUUGCAUCAAAACUUCAGUCAUUUUCACAUGUCUGAAGAUCUCUACAAAGCAUUACCAAUGCAUAAAGGACUAUGGAGAAGAUGUGGUGAUGAAGGGAAUUGAUGCUGAUAGCAGCUCUGAUAUACAGGAAGAUUCUAGUUUGGAGGAAGGGAAUGAAAGUGAUGUAGAGUUCUGUCAUACCAAAGGCAUGAAAUUGUCAGGGUCGGAAAAAACAAAUAUCAAGAAACAUUCAAAUAAGAGUGGAAGAAUUUUUUAUACAAGACCAUUUAAUUAUCUUGUUUCUGCAGACAGAAGAGAGAUUGUGGAAUUUUUAUUCUGGAUUGGAGUUAACUAUGAGAGAGUUGCUGUGUCUAAACCUUGAAUUCAUUUUGUGUCACUGUAAUGAGUGCUAGAGACUGUGUCCAAGUAAAAUUUCCAGAUAUCU